UUGGCACGGUGAGCCUGGACUCUAAAGGCACCAUCACCUUUGUGAUAGAUGGACUAUGCGAGAAUGAGCUCCUUCUUAGAUUACCCAUCUUUAAUUAGCGGAGAACAUGGGACCUGUUCAUCCAGAGCCUUUCACCCUGACCAUGGGAUUACAACUUUCCAGUCCUGCGCAGUCAGUGCCAAUAACUGCAACACCGAUGAUCGUUUUAUGGUUACCAGGGGGGUGCAGAUAGGUUCUCAUCACCAUCCCCACCAUCAAGCCGGUGCCUUCCAACACCAUACUAACCUGGGCAUGUCCUAUUCACACCCCAGCUGCGCUGCCGGCUAUGGGUUACAGAAUUUUAGCGCAAGCUACUCUCACUUUGCCAUUAACCAAGAGACAGAUGUCAGUGCAGGGUAUCCUCAGUGCACCACUGCUGUCUACACUGGAAAUAUUGCUUCUUCAGUAGCCCAGCAUCAUCAGCACCACCAGACCUAUGCAGAAGGAUCAGGAGGGUCAACUCACUACAUCCAUCAUUCAUAUGGAGCAGAUCCACAGAACAUUUCUACUUACAAUAACAAUGUCUCCAACAUCCACAUCAACCACCAGGAAGUUUGUCGCUCUCCUUCUGCUGAAUCGUCCUCACCUGCUCAAACCUUUGACUGGAUGAAAGUGAAAAGAAAUCCCCCCAAAACUGGUAAAGUUGGAGAAUAUGGAUAUGCUGGCCAACCCAAUACAGUCAGAACCAAUUUCACCACUAAACAACUAACAGAGCUGGAGAAGGAGUUCCAUUUCAACAAGUAUCUGACUAGGGCCAGGAGGGUGGAAAUAGCUGCUGCCCUGCAACUCAAUGAGACCCAGGUGAAGAUCUGGUUUCAGAACAGGAGGAUGAAACAGAAAAAAAGGGAAAAAGAGGGUCUCCUUCCAAUCUCCCCCUCAACCAGCACAGGAAGUGACGAAAAAUCAGAGGAGCUUUCGGAAAAAUCCAGCUCUUCUCCCUGUGCCCCAUCACCUGCUUCUUCUACCUCUGAGCAUCUUAAUUCUUCCAAUUAAGCUACUGUUUUCCCCGAAGGAAACCUUACUGAAUAUGACUUCAUGGUUAAUGUUAUGUGAAAAUGUCUUCAGAAAUACCUUGUGCUCUGUGCUAAAGAACAAUAUUGGACGCCAGGAUCAGUAUUUGGAAAUAUCAACCCUUGGUGUGACAGAGGACUAAUUGGUGGUUAAUAACGCAUCUGGGAGUCAAUGGGUUAAAUCAGACAUUUUCAAAAUGAACGGCUUGCUAUGGAUGCAUCCAUGGAAAAGGACUUUUCUUCUUGAUUGGUCAAAAUAGGGUACAGAUCCUUUGAAAAUAAUGCACUAUUGAUAAAAAAAGUUUACAAAAGUUACAAUGUUUAAUUUAAUGUUUUAAUAUUCAUUGUGUUUAUGUUGCUGUAAAUAUAUAGUUUAAGAAAUUUAUCUUUAAGGUCCUUUUGUAGAGUCUCUAUGUAACUGUCAAGUGGUGUUGUGGUGGAAGGAGACUGCAAAGUUUUAUAGCACAAUCUAACCUAAUGUUUAACUCAUUCCCCCUCUAA